AUGGACCGCCCAAAUAUUCUCCAGUGUCCACGCAUCGUCCUGAAAAAGACGCAAAUUUCCGGUUCAGCCUCCCACGCCAUUCUUAUUCCAACUCAUUUCCGAGCAAAUCGUCAGUUUGAUCAAGAUCCAACCGAUCCUAACCAAUCCAACCAAGCCACCAUGAACGCCAUCUACACUGCCGUCCUUGUCGCCUCCACUCUCGCCUACACUGCCGUUGCAUGGAUCGGACUCUCCGUCGACACUGCCAACGAGGAUCUUCUCUAA